AUUUUCAACUCUCCGAACAUCAGAAAACAGUUGAGAGUUGACCUUGAAGAUGAAGAUCAAUGUCUCAUCAUCGUCUUCAAAAUUAAUCCUUCUGCUACUUCUGAUCCUCACCAUCUUCAUCCCAAUCAACAGCUCACAUUUCCAAAUAAAAGAAGCAACAAUCAAAGAUCUUCAGCAAGCUUUCUCAGAACACAUACUAACCUCAAAACAGCUAACCACAUUCUACUUAAACCAAAUCCAAUCCCUCAAUCCGCUACUUCGCAGCGUACUGGAGAUAAAUCCCGACGCGUUAGAUCAAGCAGAGAAGGCUGAUCGAGAGAGGGAGAUGAAUCAGGGACGUGCAUCAUUAGGGGAGUUGCAUGGAAUUCCUGUGCUGAUCAAGGAUGGUAUAGGGACCAAGGAUAAGCUGAACACGACGUGCGGGUCGUACGCUCUUCUAGGGUCUGAGGUGGCGCGUGAUGCCGGAGUGGUGGAGAGGUUGAGAAAGGGUGGUGCUGUUAUAUUGGGGAAGGCUAGUCAAAAUGAGUGGUAUGGAUCUAGGUCUAUGGAAAUUCCCGCGGGUUGGUGUGCUAGAGGUGGUCAAGCUGUGAACCCUUAUGUGAAAUGGGGAAAUCCAUGUGGUUCAAGUAGUGGAUCAGCAAUAUCAGUGGCUGCAAACAUGGUAACAGUCUCGCUGGGAACUGAAACUGAUGGUUCUAUUCUUUGCCCAGCAGAUCACAACUCUGUAGUAGGCAUCAAGCCAACUGUUGGGCUCACUAGCCGUGCUGGUGUCGUUCCAAUUUCACAUCGUCAGGACUCAAUCGGGCCCAUAUGCCGGACUGUAUCAGAUGCAGUGUAUGUUCUUGAUGCUAUUGUUGGUUUCGAUCCAAGAGACUCUGAAGCAACAAAGGAAGCUGCUAAGUUCAUACCUGCAGGUGGUUAUAAGCAGUUUCUGAAGCAGGACGGACUAAACGGAAAAAGACUUGGAGUGGUUCGUCAUCCGUUUUCUGACUUUUACAACGAUUCAUCAAUCCUGUCAGACUUCGACAACCACCUGGAAGUUUUCAGGCGAGGAGGUGCAACUGUGUUGGACGAUCUGCAGAUAGCGAAUAUUGAUGUAAUAAUGGAUUCCACUCAAAGCGGUGAAGCAUUAGUGAUCCUCGCUGAAUUCAAGCUGACGAUUAAUCAAUAUCUCAAUGAACUCGUCAAAUCGCCUGUGAGAUCAUUGGCAGACAUCAUCAGUUUCAACAACAAUCAUCCUGAUCUGGAAAAGAUGAAACAGUACGGUCAGGAUCUAUUUAUAGCUUCAGAAAUGACAAACGGGCUCGGAGAGGAUGAGAUUGCGGCAGUGAAGCUAAUGGAAAAACUGUUGAAAGAAGGGUUCGAGAAAAUGAUGAAAGAAAACAAUUUAGAUGCAAUGGUAACACUCGGCUGGACUGCUUCUACGGUUCUAGCCAUCGGAGGCUACCCCGCGAUUAGCGUCCCAGCCGGGUAUGACGGCAAUGGAAUGCCGUUUGGAGUAUGUUUUGGAGGAUUGAAAGGCAUGGAACCAAAACUGAUUGAGAUUGCUUAUGCUUUUGAGCAGGCUACAUUGUCACGUCUGCCUCCUUUUUCUUACCACCACAUUAAAUGAUUGCCUUAAUAAAUGUUUAGCAAAAUUCUUUUAAAUUCCCUACCAUUAUACAGAAUUGUGACAAAAAUCAAAUGCUUUAACAGUUGCAUUUCAGCACCCAUACCACUUUAAUGUGAUAUGGAUCUAUAAAUCUGUAUCAAUUUGUAAUGACGACUCAAAAUGCCAAUAGAUUGAAUUCUAUAUCUCUA